AUGGGAUUGGUAUUAUGGUUUGGAAUUUAUCCAAAGAAAAUUACAAUUAUCAACUCGAUUACAGAUGCAUUAAGGUUAUGUUUAAUGUUUAGUGCAUAGCAAAAAAAAUAAUUGCUAUAUUUCUGGAGGUUGGGAUAAAUCAAUCAUUGCUGGAAAUAAAUUAAUUAGAAUGAAUGGUAAUCGUCAAAACCAUAUGGAUAACAUAAUGGCUUAGUUUCUUGUUUAAUAUUAAAUAAGCAAGAGGAUCAAUUCAUAUCAGGUGGUUUGAUAAUUCGAUUAGAAUCUGGAAUGUGGAUUUAAUAAAAAAUGAUCUAACCUACCUUUAUAUUUUUAAUGGUUUUCUAUUUGAUUUACUUGUGA